AUGGCGUCGUAUACAGACUUGCCGGGCUCUGCGCCCACAGGCAAGCUGUCGAAGUCGCGCAGCAAGACGGUGGUCAAGCCGAUAUUGAAAAAGUUGUCGCACUCGGAGAAGAAUUCGCUCGACCUAGACCGUGGUUGGGAUGAGCAGACGUCGUUUGGCAACUACGGUGGGAGCCUGGGGAGAGAAAGGGAAGGCUCGUUUGGAGGGCGGGACGUCAGCUUCAGCAUCUCGGCUACAGAGCUCAACACUGGAAACAGCAACGGAAGGAGCAAAUUCAGCCACGCGCGGUCAACCAGCGGCACCUCCCACGUCAGUAUAGCAACCAACGGCAGCGGCCAGCGAAACGGCAGCUUCGUCCACCCUUUCCAGCAGACGCCGCGCACCUCGACACCGCCGCUCUCGUACGCCAAUUCCUUGACCAGCUUCGAGAGGGAAACCACCGCCGCCGUCCCCAGCGGCCCUCGCGACUACUCUCCCACCAUCACCGAGGACGACGACGACCUGCUCGACCAGCAUCACUUUGGCAAAACCUCAAGUCACCAACGCCCCAACUACCACCCAACACCCCCCUCCUCCACUACCAUCGUGAACAGCUCAACAUCGUAUCCCCGGCGCCCGUCAUUAACCAGCCGUACGUCAUCUUUAUCCGACAUCCACACCACCGGACCCCCCUCUCUGCGCAUCAACACCAGCCGCACAAACUCCAACGCAGCCUCGUCGCGACUCGUCCACGUCUCAAGCCACUCCGACAUCAACAUUGUCGGCAGGAAGUCAGAGUCUGCCACGGUCUCCAGCACUGCGCCUACCUUUUCGCCAUUAUCAACAACGUCCCCUUCCACGUCAACCACCGCCAUGUCUCCCCUGCGAACCUCUCUCGAGGGCUUCCGCCUCCGCUCCCGCUCUGAGCUGGACUCCAACUACCACCAGGAACGCAUCCGAGAGGAGAGACGCCGCUGGCAGGAGAAGGAGCGCCUCAAGGACGCCAAGAAGGCCAAAGAAGACCAGCGCAAGCAGGAGCGCGCAAACCUGAAGGAAGCCCAGCGUUUUGAGAAGGAACAGCAGAUGUUGCAACAAGAGCAGCAAAUCCAGGCCAAGCGAGAGGCCAAGGAGGCUGCACGCAAGCAGAGCUUCACCAACAGCGCCCGCAACAGCUCCAGCGAAAUCAUCCGCCCUUCCAUCAGCCGGAAGAAGACUGCCCCUGAUGCCGAGAAGGUGGCCAUGGGCGAGCUUGGAUUUGCCGGUCGCAGCUACGAGAGUACCAACCAAGGCCAGGCGCCUGUUGCUGACCAGAGCACCUUCGAGGGUCCUCGCCGCUCCCUGACAGCCAAGCGCAAGACUCAGGGUGCCUGGACCAGCUUCGUCUUGUGGUUCCGGACUAGAAUUCUGCGGCUGAACAACAUGGCCAAGCGCUAA